UGGCAGGUCCUUGCAACAAGCCUGAGCAAGCUUUAGCAAGAUGAAGGGUAUUAAACGGCUUCCACAGCCUAUCUCUUGGCCACGGAUGUAGCAGGACUCAACUUCUAUCAAGCCCACUGGCCUCUGUGUGGGGCUUCAUUGCUUCCAGGAGUUGAAUACCACUUAGGCAUGGCAGAGCGGCCUCAGGUUCUGUCCCAGGAAACUCUAAACCAGAUGAUGUCCUCAGAGUGCACAGACUCUGGCCAUCCGAAGGCAGGGCCACUCUCUCUCCCCCUGCACUCCCAGUCAACAGAUAUGGCACCCAAGCCACUACUUCGUUUGCAGAGUAUCGAAGAAGGGAAAGCCCCCUUUCCACCAUCCCGGAGAAGCUCCAUCAUGAGCAUCCUCAAUGCCCCUUUUCCCAGCAGGAGGAACUCGCUGGCUGCUGGGGGAAGGCGCCUCUCCAUUGGACCCUGGAUGCAUUGCGGUCGAGUGAGUUUCUCUGGGUUACCACUCCUUGAACCCAUGCGGGAGACGCAAUAUGAAAAUAGCUACAAGACGAAGCCAGAUGAAGGCUGCAAAUUUAAUGCCUCCCAAGUGCAGCAAGUUCUUGAGUCUGUCCUAGCCACCUCCCUAGGGGAUGCCAAGUAUAACCCUGCAAACGGCGGGCAGGUGGCCAAGAACCUGUCAGACCUCAUCCGGAACAGAGUCAAAGAGCUGAGCCCACCUCGCUACAAGCUGGUGUGUAACGUCUUUCUGGGCCAACAGGCCAACCAAGGUCUGCGCAUUGCUAGUCAAUCCCUCUGGGAUGUGGAGAAUGACAGUUUUGCAUCUGCCACUUUCACUAACUCAUCACUCUUUGCUGUGGCCACAGUUCAUGGACUCUAUUUUGAAUGAGCUUGCUUUGCUGAUCCUAAAGUUCCCUCUCCCUUACCUGUUGCCUAGGUAGCAAUAAAAGAAAUACAUAAUGUGACUUGGGUAGUUAUUACCCAUAUUUAAGCUAAUAUGAAAUACAGUAGUGGAAUAAUUUAAUAUCCUUAGUAUCAUUGUCAGAUAAAAAUAUAUUACAGUAGUGUCAUAUCUUGGAAGUCGAACGGAAUCUGUUCCAGAAGUCCGUUCGACUUCCAAAACGUUUGAAAACCAAAUUGUGGCUUCUGAUUGGCUGCAGGAAGCUCCUGCAGCCAUUCAGAAGCUGCGGAAGCCCCACUGGAUGUUCGGGUUCCAAAAGAACUUUCGCAAACCGGAAUAAUCACUUCCGAGUUUGUGGCCUUUGGGAGCCAAAAUGUCCGAGUU